GACCAUGUCAUGGACGCCAGGACCAGUCUGAUUUCAGCGAUGUGAACCGCAACACUGAGGGCUCCGCUGUCUCCAGAGGCCGCCCACCACCCUUCCUUGGGACCACUAUCUGGGCCUCAUCAGCAAACUGGACGGGAGGCCCCACGGUUAAUGAGUUUGCCCCAGGAGUCCAUGCAAAGGUGAAACCAAGGGCAAACAUGGGUCAGAAGGUCACUGGAGGGAUCAAGACCGUGGACAUGAGGGACCCCACAUACCGGCCCCUGAAGCAGGAGCUCCAGGGUCUGGACUACUGCAAGCCCACCCGCCUAGACCUGCUGCUAGACAUGCCCCCCGUGUCCUACGACGUCCAGCUGCUCCACUCGUGGAACAACAACGACCGAUCGCUCAACGUCUUUGUGAAGGAGGACGACAAGCUGAUCUUCCACCGGCAUCCGGUGGCCCAGAGCACGGACGCCAUCAGGGGCAAGGUCGGGUACACACGCGGGCUGCACGUAUGGCAGAUCACGUGGGCCAUGAGGCAGCGGGGCACACAUGCUGUGGUGGGGGUGGCGACAGCAGAUGCCCCCCUGCACUCCGUGGGGUACACGACCCUCGUGGGGAAUAACCACGAGUCCUGGGGCUGGGACUUGGGGCGCAACCGGCUCUAUCACGAUGGCAAAAACCAACCGAGCAAAACUUACCCGGCCUUUUUGGAGCCGGAUGAAACAUUUAUUGUCCCUGACUCAUUCCUCGUGGCCCUGGACAUGGAUGAUGGCACCCUGAGCUUCAUUGUGGACGGACAGUACAUGGGAGUGGCUUUUCGAGGACUCAAGGGCAAAAAACUGUAUCCUGUAGUGAGUGCCGUGUGGGGCCACUGUGAGAUCCGCAUGCGCUACUUGAAUGGACUCGACCCCGAGCCCCUGCCACUCAUGGAUCUGUGCCGCCGCUCGGUGCGCCUGGCCCUGGGGAAGGAGCGUCUGGCUGACAUCCACACGCUACCACUGCCGGCCUCCCUCAAGGCCUACCUCCUCUACCAGUGAUGCUCCACCCUGCACCGCCAGCACGCCACCACCCGGUGCCACCAUGCCGGCCUGCCGCCGUGCCCCGCACCUCGGACAGGCACCCGGCCACCUGUCCAUCCCCCCCGCUGCCCCUGCCGGCUACUGACAGCUCGACGCAGGCUCCUCCAUUCCCUGUCCCGACCUUGGCAGAAGCCCCCUGCGCGCCGUUUCCACAGUCCCUCUGCGGAAGAAGACCCAGAGAACAGACUCCUAGGAAGCCCUCCACGGAGCUCCAGCCCACCCUCGGGGUGGCACGAGGAUCUCCAUGCUCCCUGCCCCGACCUGGCAGGGCCCAGGAGGAGGUACCCCGGCCUCCUCCAAGAGCAUAUCCCAGGGCCGCUAAGAGGUGCUCGGAUGAGGGCUGGUGCUGAGGCCAGCGGGGCCACGCCGCAGCAGACCACACUCAGGACGUCAGAAACUCAUCACGGACACUGAGGCAGAAGCCAAAAUGGGACCUUCCACAGGCACACAAGCACCCACCAUCAGCCCCGGCUGUCAGCCCCUGGUACCCUGUAUUUAUUCUUUUAACAAUAACAAAAGCCAUUUAUUUAUUCCAUUUAGAAAGGAAACCUUGUUUCGUUCCCCUCUCUCCGGAGUGUUCUGUUGCUUCCCUUCUACCCGCCCCUCCCCGGGAUGUGUGCGUCUCCCCUGUCCCUCUCGUCGGGCUGUGGCUGUGGUGUGUCCUUACGUGGGCACAACAGUGUCUCCCUGUGGGUCCCUGGACCUACAGUUCCCAAGGGGCUCUGCUCUGGGUUCCUGAGCCCAUGCAAUAUGAGGGUCUUGGGGGACCCGUCUACAAGGGCUGUGGCGCGCCCCUUGUCUCCAGCCAGGAGACAUCCAUCUUUGCACGUGAUUUUCCUUCUUUAGUCUUCUGUGGGGGGUUUGCUUUUGCUUUCCCAGCUGAGACCUCCCAUGCACAUCCUCGGAAACUCUGGCUUCCUGGAGCCGGAACUAAGAAGGGAGGAUGAGCAGGUCUCCAGCCCCAGGGAAGCCAGGGGCGCGGCGGGGCGGGGAGCCCAGAGUGAGGUCGAGGCCCCUCGGAAGCCAUCGCAGGCCUCCGCCUAGUGUCCCCGUCCGGGCUCUGUGCCCAGGGGGAGCAGCCUCAGCUCAUCACGACCCCCCAGAGCCACACGAGGAGCAGGGCGGGGUGGGGCGGGGCAACAAGUGGAGGAGGAGGACCCCCGACUCCCUGCCGCAGCCCCCCCCACGUAGCAGACCCCACCCCUGCAGCCGCGCUCACCGCUUCUUUGAUCUCGAAGUCAGCUCGCUUCAAAUCUGACUUCUGUUCAUUUCUGUACAGGUACAAUAGAUGACUUUAUUUGUUUAAAUGUUUAAUAUAUAUACAUAUAUAUUUGUCUGUAAGAAUUAUGUUUUAAACAGCUGCUGUAGGGUACCUUUUAAAAAAAAAAAAGUCUUCCAGUGGAGUAUAUUUUUUAAAGCACAAAAUUGGUGCCAAGUCUGGGUGAGGAAUGUAAAUUACCCCCUUAUUAUUUUGAAUUUUUUUUUUCCAAGUUGGGGGAGAAACCUUACCUGUAAGACUUUUAAAGACUUUUCCUCACUUCUGUUUCAGGGUGGGUCAUGUUCUCAUGAAUGUUGCACACAAGAGAGUUUUACUUACACAGAUCCCAACCUUCCCGCCUUGACCCAGUGUCCUCCCGCAGGCGCUGGAUGAAUCGUGGGCUGUUGGUCCUUUCUCUGCCCUUCUGUCCCCCGGCUUCCCAAACCUCAGCCCCGCCUUUCUCUCCUCUCCACCCAGAACCUUGUGACCUGUACAGUUUUGAAACUCCCGUUCUAUUUUAUGAUGAUUAAUAAUAGUAACCUAAUAAAGGAAAGUUUAUUAAAAUACCAAACCA